AUGGCAGAGGGAAGGAGAUCGAUCCAAGACUAUAUGACACCUAAUGCCAGAGGCACUCCUGGAAGCAUAGCGACACCUAAUGUGGAGGCAAACAAUUUUGAGUUGAAACCAACACUCAUAAUCAUGGUUCAUAACUCCAUACAAUUUGAGGGCAUGCCUAACGAAAACCCCAAUAUGCAUCUGACAAAGUUCCUCCGAUUAACGGACACCAUAAAAUACAACAGAGUCUCCAACGAUGCUAUUCGACUCCACCAGUUCCCAUUCUCAGUGUCCGAAAGGGUGCAAAUCUUUUACAGUGGCCUAUCCAUCCAUAACAGGACCACGAUUGAUGACGCCGCAGGAGGAUCUCUUAUAAGGAAAGACCCAGAUGACGCAUACAGAUUGAUAGAUGAAAUGGCAUCUGCUAGCUUUCAGUGGCACACAACUGACACAUAUAACCUCAAAAGAAAGGAAGCUGCACCAGUCUAUCAAGCAGAGAGCAGUAACCCACUGGUAAGCUAA